AUGAGCGACGUGCACGCCCAGAAAGAGAGUGAGCGAGAUCGGGUGCGCGCCGAGCCGUUCGGCACCGCGAGUGGCGACGACGGCUACGCUACCGAGUCUGACGUCGAGGAAGAUGAUCAGUCCGGUGACAAGGAGAGUGGCUACGGCGGCGACGACGACAGCGACGACGCGCAAAAUCAGCUUCUGCCGGUUCGCCGACGCGUGUCGCCGCCGCCCGAGCACCGCGAAUAUCACGUCGUGAGCCCUCCGCCAACUUUCCUGCAGAACCGAGUCCUGGUCGGCUGCCGCAUGUCGCCAAACAGGGCGGCCAAGCAUGCAGAGGCGACGAUGUUCGGCGAGGGACUCAUACAGCGGUAUCUACCGCUGGCCAAUUCGCGUCGGAACGGCAAACAGUAG